AUGGCUAAAUGCACCAAGAAGGUCAGAAUCCUGGGUAAAUAUGGGACCCGUUAUGGUGUCUCCCUCAGGAAAAUGGUGAAGAUUGAAAUAAGCCAGCACACCCAGUACACUUGCUCCUUCUGUGGCAAAACCAAGAUGAGAAGACAAGCUGUGGGGUUCUGGCAUUGUGGCUCCUGCAUGAAAACCAUUGCUAGUGGCACCUGGACCUACAACAUCACUUCUGCCCUCAUGGCAAAGUCAGCCAUCAGACUGAAGCAGUUGAAGGACCAGUAG